AUGAAGGACCUGCAACUCAAAAUUAAUUUACUGCUUGGUCUAGUUACCACUGCUCUACUACAAGCUGUAGGAAGAAAGGCAGACUGCCCCGAGUCAUGUAUAUGUGAAAUCAGACCAUGGUUCACCCCCAGGUCUGUCUACAUGGAAGCACCAACAGUGGACUGUAAUGAUUUAGGCCUUUUUCAUUUUCCAGCUACACUGCCUGCUGACACACAAGUCCUACUUCUACAAACUAAUAAUAUUGUAAAAAUUGAACAGUCAGUAGACCUCCCAGUGAAUUUAACUGGUCUAGAUUUAUCUCAGAACAAUUUAGCCUCGGUGACCAGUAUUAAUCUUAGAAAGAUACCACAGCUGCUUUCGGUGUACCUUGAAGAAAACAAACUUACUGAACUCCCUGAAGAAUGUCUCUCUGGACUCAACAAUUUACAAGAACUUUAUAUUAAUCAUAAUCUGCUUUCUGUGAUUGCACCAGGAGCUUUCAUAGGCCUCAAUAACCUUCUCAGACUUCAUCUCAAUUCAAAUGGCCUGCAAGUGAUCAACAGAAAGUGGUUUGAAGCUACUCCUAAUCUUGAAGUUCUCAUGAUUGGAGAAAACCCAAUAAUCAGAAUUGAAGACAUGAACUUCAAGCCUCUUAGCAAUCUGCGCAGCCUGGUUUUAGCAGGUAUAAAUCUCACUGAAAUACCAGAUAAUGCUUUGGCUGGCCUUGACAACUUAGAAAGUAUUUCCUUUUAUGACAACAGAUUUGUUAGAGUGCCCCACAUCGCUCUUCAAAAGGCUACAAAUCUUAAAUUUCUGGAUCUAAAUAAGAAUCCCAUUAACAGAAUACGACAAGGGGAUUUUAGCAAUAUGCUGCACCUAAAAGAGUUAGGAAUUAAUAACAUGCCUGAACUGAUUUCUAUAGAUAGCCUUGCUGUUGAUAAUUUGCCAGAUUUAAGAAAAAUAGAAGCAACCAAUAACCCCAGAUUAUCAUACAUUCACCCCAAUGCAUUCUACAGACUCCCCAAGCUGGAAUCACUCAUGCUCAACAGCAAUGCGCUGAGUGCCCUGUACCGCAGUACAGUGGAAUCCCUGCCUAACCUCAAAGAAGUCAGUAUACACAGCAAUCCCAUUAGGUGUGACUGUGUCAUCCGCUGGAUUAAUAUGAAUAAAACAAACAUUCGUUUCAUGGAGCCAGAGUCCCUGUUUUGUGUAGACCCUCCUGAACUCCAAGGUCAGAAUGUGAGACAGAUACACUUUCGAGAAAUGAUGGAAAUCUGUCUUCCCCUGAUAGCUCCUGAAAGUUUUCCAUCUACACUGGAUUUAAAAGCUGGCAGCCAUAUUUCUUUGCACUGCAGAGCAACAGCAGAACCAGAACCUGAAAUCUACUGGAUAACACCAUCAGGACACAAACUUUUGCCUAAUACUGUCUCUGAUAAGUACUAUAUUCAUUCUGAAGGAACGUUAGAUAUAAGUGAUGUAACACAAAGAGAAAGUGGUUUAUACACAUGCAUAGCAACAAAUUUAGUUGGGGCAGACCUAAAGUCAGUCAUGAUUAAAGUGGACGGCUCUUUCCCUCAGGAACACAAUGGAUCUUUAAAUAUUAAAAUAAAAGACAUAAAAUCUAAUUCUGUUUUGGUUUCAUGGAAAGCAAGUUCUAAAAUUCUGAAGUCUAGCGUUAGAUGGACAGCCUUUCUGAAAGCUGAAGACUCCCGGGCUGCACAGAGUGCUCGAAUACCAUCUGAUAUAAAGGUAUAUAAUCUUACACAUCUAAAUCCAUCAACUGAAUACAAAAUUUGUAUAGACAUUCCCACUGUCUAUUCUCAGAAUAGAAAACAAUGUGUCAAUGUAACCACAAAAGGACUGGACUUGGAAGUGAAAGGGUAUGAAAAGAACAACAUAAUAGGAUUCCUUGCCUGCCUUGGUGCUCUUUUGGGAAUCAUCUCUGUGAUAUAUCUCUACAGCUGCAUCUCUCAAGAUAUGAACUCUGGCAUUGGACACAGCUAUCUAAGGAAUUACCUGAAGAAACAAUCCUUUUCACUCAAUGAGCUUUAUCCUCCUCUAAUCACUCUUUGGGACAUGGGCAAAGAAAAAAGCACAGCAAUGGAAGUAAAAGCAACUGUGAUAGGUGUACCAACAAAUGUGUCAUAA